UUUUUCACUUUGCUUUAAAUAUUUUAUUUUUAUUAUAUCACGGGCCAGAACCAAUUGCUUCUCUGGCCAAAUUUGGCCCACAGGCCGCCUAUUAAGGACCAGGGGCCUAUAUAUUGUACUUGAUUUCAUAGAUGCUUCACUAUGCCUGUUGAUCGCCUUGGCGUGAAACCAACAAUAGCAAUGUUGAAACAUAUAAAUGAAGUUCUUCUGUACCGGACCUUGAAAUAUUGUAAAUGAUAGCUCUACCUAACAAGUACUGCGCAUUGUUCUUGGAAUAUCUGGCAUUCCUUAUAGUAUUGGUUAUAUAUAAUAGUGUGAAUGUCUAUAAUGCCAAUAAUGGCUAUCCAGAGAGGCGAAAAACAUACAUUACGUGAACUUUAUAGCAGAUUGGCUGCCAAAUAUUAUUUGCACGCUGAGUUAAGUUAAUAAAAUGAAGUCAUCGUUCCGUGCACAGAUAUACUUUAAUAAGGCGUAAUAAUAAUUGAUAUUCACAUUCCUGGUGAUACACUUGUAGCGACAUCACGACAUUAUACCAGGAAAUAUAUAUGUCAUUCCUUGUGUCUUCAUCCUAUAGAUCGCAGUGUAGACCUAUCUGCUAUGGUCCGCCCGUACUUCACGUUUUUAGUAUUGGUAGCCUCGCUUUUAUCAGUCAGCGUAAAACCUGUAAAGUGUGUUACACUGGCAUUUGGUGAUUCUUUCAUAGUAAAAAGUGUGACGAUUACAAGAAACAAUGCAACACGCAUAACUGAGGCACUUGAGGAAAACCUAGGACCGUCGACAAAUCGACCUGUACUCAACUCAGGGACAGCAGUCAAUGUAUCGCUGUCAUUUGUGUUAACCCAAAUUAUUGAGCUGAAUGAUAUGCUACAAGAACUAAAAGUCGCUGGUUGGUUUAAAAUGGGUUGGCAAGACAAACGAAUUAGCUGGAAUGCGUCUGAAUAUAAUGUCAGUUGUGUACAUAUCAACAAAGAUAAGAUUUGGAUACCUGAUAUAACUCUGGACAACAACCUUGACGAGGAAUACAAUCAGUUUCUACCAAAUACACCAGUGCAGGUUUGCUCAGACGGAAGUGUAAUAUAUGCAACGUAUGCUAUAUUUCGAAGUUCAUGCCACAUCAACAUCAAGUUAUUCCCAUACGAUAAUCAAACCUGCAAACUGCGAUUUUCGUCUUGGAUUCACAAUAUUGAUGAGCUAGACAUGUACCCGCAAGCUCGUUCAGAAGAGCAGGAGGUGCAGUUUCAACCCAACGGAAUAUGGGAGCUAAUUAAUGUAAAUGCAAAUCGAGAAGUGGAUAAAUACAAGCCAGACUCCAACCCGUUUGUGUACGCCGUCUUUGCCAUUGAACUCAAGCGACACUUCGAGUUUCAGUUACUAUUUAUUUUGAUUCCUUACUUCUUCUGCUCUUUUCUCAUCUGUUUGAUGUUCUUUGUUCCAUUUGAAAGCGGUGAGAAACUAUCGUACGGAAUCACAGCUGUCCUAGGAAUGAUUGUCUUCCAACAAAUUAUUGCAUUUUCUCUGCCUCCCGUUGGAAAUGAAUCCUCUAUUGCUGGAAAGUACUUUACUUCAGUGAUAUGUAUUGGAAUCAUAUCAGUGUUUGUGGAGAUUAUGGUUAAUAACGUAUAUACUCAAGGAAAUGUUUACAAGGCAUGCGUAUAUGUAUUCAAGUACCGCAAAGGAGAGAAAAAGGACCGUUCAGGAGAGGAAAAUAAAUCAGACAGCAACCACGAGACAGUACAUGCUAACCAACAACGAGAUGACACCAAACACAUCAAGGCGUUACAACAUUAUUGUGCUAUUUUUGAUUUCUUCUUUGGAAUUUUGUGUCUAAUAUUAAUUUUCAUAUUCAUGAUCUGGUUUUUAAUUGUAAGUUAUUAGUAAACAAAUCAGAGGAUAUUCGUAAUUUUUGUCACAGGUGGUGAGUAUGUGGAAACAAAAGGAAAGGUUCACGCCACAAGAUUUGAUUGAAAUCGUCAUUUUUUUUUUCAAUAAGGAAAUAUAGAGUAAUAUAUAGCCUUCUAUUUAAAUUAAAAUCUAGCAACUAACCAGCUCAAUUCUA